CACAUUAUAAAUUUUAAAAGCAUUUAUGAAUUUUAAAAAAUAUUGAAAAUGUAUUUCUACAUAUAAAAAAAAAGUAAAAUUUGUCAAUUGCUUCAACUUCAAGCCAUUAAACAACCUUAAAAAAGCUACUUAAAAAAAAACAUAUAUACUUAGGAUAAUAAAUUUAGACUACCCCCAAAAAUAGCAAAAAAUAAAAAAUAUAUAUUUAUUUAUUAUUAGACCCCCGGAAAUUUUAAUUAUUUCGCCCUCCUCAAAUUCCAAAGCCAAUGAAAUACAGUGAAAUCUCCCACUUCAGCCACCCCCACCACACGCUCAAGCCCCAACACACGGAGGCGCCGUUCAAAUGCGACGGCUGCAGGGAGGUCGGGAUCGGCUCCUCCUACAAGUGCGGCGGCGCCGCCUGCGACUUCGACCUGCACACCCACUGCGCCAUCCCGUCGCCCACCGUCGUCCACCCUUUCUACACGAUGUGCUCGUUCCAGUUCCUCAGCCGGCCGCCGGGGACGGAGGCGCGUUACUGCAACGCGUGCGAGAAGCGCGUGACUGGAUUCGUUUACCACUGCAGGACGUGUGGGUUUGACCUCCACCCUUGCUGCGCUAAGCUUCCGAUGGUGCUCGCCGACGGCGACACCAAGUUGCACCUCUACAGUAAAGUCAACGCGCCGUGUCACAGGUGUGGGAGAAAGGGGAGGAGCUGGAGCUACAGAUCGACCUGCCUUAAGUACAACUUCCACGUGGCGUGCGUGAAGGAGAUGCUGGUUGACAGCUGGCACGGAUUAUACGACGGGUGCAGCUACACCGGAAGCAGGAAAUCGGAUACUCGGAUCCCCAGCUUAAAAGCCACGCUGGAAACUCACAGUAAUCACACCAAGGGUAAAAGUGGAAAAGCACAGAAAUGCUGUGAGGUGGCUGGAUUGGCUUUGCAGUUUGUUGUGUCCGCUGUUCUAGGGGAUCCCACCUCCCUUAUUGCUGGUGUGGUCGGCACUUUGAUGUCAAAAUAAUUAAUUAAUACUAUUUUUAUAUUUAAAUAAUAAAUAAUUAAAUCAUGCGUUGACUGGAG